AUAAUGCCAUUGAUUCUUGUGGUAUACAGUAUGAGAAUAGGGUUCAGGUGAUUCACAGUUAGAUCGCUUAAAACCCAACCCAAUUUUAGUCCCAGUUUAACAGUUGAAUCAGCAGGAUUUAAACGCGUCAAACUGAGACAGAUUUUGUUCCUUAAUUUAGAAAUUGUGUCUAUUGGUAGAUUAUAGUUGGAUUCUUAAGAAGAAGCUUAUAACAAGAGGCACAAACAUGGCCGAUAAGGGGGAUCAGGUAAGCUUGACAUCUGGGGGUGAUGAGAAUCCGAACCGUGGUAAUUGGUCCAAUAAGUGGUAUUGGGUUUGGGAUGGUGAUCGCGUCAGCAUUCGUCGGGAUCUACUAUAACGUUAUCAUUACUUACGCCAUAUACUACAUGUUCGCGUCGUUCACAAAAGAUCUGCCAUGGGAGCGUUGUAGCCACGACUUCAAUACGGAAAAUUGCACUCUGAAAUAUGCCGAGUGCUUGGCUCAGGAAGGCAAAAUCAUGUUGACGACAACAUGUCAAAAUAUCACUGAUCUGGGUAAAACAGAUGAAGAACUCCUAAAUCUGAAUAUCUUUAAAGAAAAUGAUAUGUGGAACACAUCGCAGUAUGUUGACUCUUAUGCAGAAUACAGAAAAAGGCCAACCGAAGAAUAUUGGAAACGUGGUGUAUUGCAGGAAUCUGAAUCAAUGAACGAGACUGGAGGAAUAGUUUGGGAACUUGCUCUGUGUCUUCUUCUGGCCUGGAUUCUUGUCUUUUUAUGUCUUGCCAAAGGCGUCAAAUCCUCUGGAAAGGUUGUGUAUUUCACUGCUACGUUUCCGUAUGCUGUAUUGCUCGCCUUACUCAUUCGUGGGGUAACGCUGGACGGGGCUCAGGACGGUAUCGACUUCUUUAUCAAACCUGUUUGGGAUGAUAUUACUACACCGCAGGUGUGGCUUGAUGCCGCUACUCAGAUCUUCUUUUCUCUCAGUGCUGCUUGGGGUGGACUGGUUACCCUCUCAUCGUAUAAUCGCUUCCACAACAACGGUUACUUUGACUCUGUCUUUGUAUCACUUGCAAACUGUGCAACAAGCAUCUUUGCUGGAUUUGCCAUCUUUUCCGUAUUGGGGCACGUGGCCCUUGAGCAGAACAAGCCAGUUCCAGAAGUAGUAGAUUCUGGAUUUGGAUUGGCGUUUAUCGCGUAUCCAGAAGGUCUAUCGCUGCUUCCAGGGUCUACGUUUUGGGCUAUCAUAUUUUUCCUAAUGUUGAUCACCCUUGGUCUGGACAGUCAGUUUGUGAUCAUUGAGACGGUGGUAACUGCUAUAUGUGAUGGAUUCCCCAGCUACUUGAGGAAACGAAAGACACUCGUGACGCUCGUUGUGUGUAUAUUAGGCUACGUACUUGGUUUGGUGUGCGUAACCAGGUCGGGCGCUUACUGGGUUUCUCUCGUUGAUUCUUACGCCCCAAGUAUCGGUCUGAUCAUGUUUGGGCUUCUGGAGCUCGUGGCUAUCACAUGGGUGUAUGGAAUCAAGCGAUUUACAAAUGACAUCAGGUCGAUGCUUGGCGACUCACUCUUGUACAAAGCCCCAUUCUUCCUCUGGUGGCAAUUGAACUGGACUGUUAUCACUCCAUCGUUGCUUCUCUUUGUGUUGCUUUACAAUUGGAUGAACUGGAGCGAGCCAACAUACAAUGACGAGUUAUACCCACUUUGGGGACGUGUCAUUGGCUGGGUAAUCAUUGGACUCACACUCAUUUUUAUUCCUUUGGUUAUGAUUUACGAAUUUUUGAGGGCAAGUGGAAGCGUGGCUGACCGUUGGAGGGCAAUGAGCAGGCCCAGAGCUGAUUGGGGACCACAGAUGGAGGCAAACCGAGCACAGGCCUGGCAGAUGCAUGAAUACUACAACACUACGAUGGGAGGCAAACGAGAGGCUCCCGAUACCUCUCGCUACUAAAACCACAUGUCAUUUUAGACUACCCAUUAUUUUUGCAGUUUAUUAAAACGUACAAUUUAUAAUGUAACUAGGCUGGUAUACUUGCAUUGUAUUCAGUUUGAUUGCAUUCCGUUUGAUAAAAAUGGUUGGUUUCCGGUCAGGUUACUCAGUGUUAUCAAUCUGCAGUCUAUGAUUACGACUUUCAUUACUUAAGAAUGGGCUAUUUCCUCAAAUAGCCUUCAAUUAUUUAAUGAUUUCCCACCUAUACUUAAUGACCGAAAUUUGAGAGGAUAUCAGUCUGUUUUUUUUUUCUUUUUAGCAAUUGGUCAAUCUUUACCUCAUAUUAUUAUUCUAUUAUUAGUGGAACUCUAAAUUAUAUUAGAAAUUAGAAAAUACACCUAAAUAGUGAAACUCUAAAUUAUAUUAGAAAUUAGAAAGUACAGUCAAAUCCUUUACAAACUGAGAGACAGAAACAGGCGAAAAAUGUUCCUCAACCACAGUUGACUAAAACUGAAGUUUACUACUAAGGUUUGAAUGUUACAAUUAAAGUUAAUUAAUAGAUAGGCACCAUGUAAGAUAGGCCCACAUGUUAUGUGUAGUCAAUUGAGUGUAAAUCGACUAGAAGGUACCGACUUAACACCGCCUGAAAUUCAUGACUGACUGACUGACUGACUAUAGAGGUGGCGCCCCACCACAGGAGAGCUCCCCACCUCCACCUUGUCGGGAAGAAAAACUACAAUUCGUCGGGGAGAAAAAUACAUUGUACUAGACAUAUUUUCUACAUAUUAGUGGGUUCCAAAAUGGAUUAAAUAAUAUUUAAAACCCCUAAAUUGUCAUAUUUUUUUUGGACGCUUUGCACUCAUAAAACACUUUCAAGAGAUUUUGAGCGACCCCCCGACCUCACCCAAUUGUUUUCGUCGGGUCAUCGGACCCCCUCCCCCGUCGGGAAAAUUAUGGCGCCACCACUGACUGACUGAUGGACAGACAGAAAAAGGCAAAUUAGUUUGAGUUUGUAUUGCAUAUCUUCGAACAUGAACAAAGAAGCCUGCUUGUAUUGAAUUGGGCUGAUGUUAGGACCAUUAUGUUUGAUUUAAUCAACGUGUUCUUUCUUGAUGUUAUAUGCAACGCAUUUUUACUACAUAGUGGCUAUUCUUAUUUUAUAAUUUAAAAAAAUGGACAGAAAUUGCAAUGUUAUUACAAUUCUAAUUCUGACAGCAAAAAACUCAACACUAAGUCGCUGAGCACACAUAGGUACGGAAGCACCUAAGUGCCAUUUUGCAGUAUUGAAUGCUGUCGGUCUAAUUAACAAACAACCGUUUACAAAGCUUAGCGGCAUUUGAGCAAAUCGUACAUAUUACGAAAUAAACCAUUUUUUAUUAACCCUUUUAUUUAAAACUUCAAGUUGUUUAUAUAUUUUCAACAUUUUUUCACUUGUAAAUAAUGUUUAGUAUGUAAUUAACACUUGUUUCUGCGCAUAGACCCUCGUAUUACGGUAUAAAUGCAUAACUUUUAACCCUUGUAUCGUUUUCGUUAUAGUAUUUGUUAAAAGCAUGCAGUCCUUUACACUAUAAUCAUAAAUUAAUAUGACAGAAGUUGUUUAUAUAUUUUUUAACAUUUUUAAACUCAUGUUGUUCAUAUAUUUUAAACAUUUUCUCACUUGUAAGUAAAUCAUGUUUAGUAUAUAAUUAAUAAAUUCACGGUUUGGUGUGGAAUACAAUUAUUUCUGCGCAUACCCUCGUAUUACGCUAUAAA